AUGGAUCCCUCAGCAGUUGAGUACUGGCUAGAAAACCUGAUGGAGAGGAUUGAGUCCGAGUCGGAAAUGGGCGACAUCUCCAUCCAAAUGCUUGAUGAUGAGUAUGGUAUAGACCUGCCCCUCAGACGGUACACCAAUGACAGGAUCGGUCCCAGCGUUUCUAGACUGGAGGAGACGACUUACGCAGAGUAUGUUGCGUUCCUGGGUUGGAGACUCAAAGGAUACAAUGCAGUUCGUCUUGAAUUGUACCUCAAAAAGCUUGGACCAGAUAUUUCUAGCACCUCUGGCGACGAGGAUAGCUCGGAUGAUAGAGAGCUGUCUCAAUCCCCACCAGACCAUGAGCGGCCAACACUGUACAAACGACGCAAAAGGACCAGUAUCUCAAUCCUUGACGCUACCAAGCUGGACUGGGUGCGCAAACUUGUAAAGGAAAGGUACAAGAAGGUAACAAGGCCUGUCAAGCGGCGAGAGGAUGAAGUUUUCGAUCUCUACAUAAAGGUUCUGGAGCUAGACUCAGACUCAGAACCCCACUCAACUAGGGAGGUCCCACAGACCUUCAAGGACUUUGUAUUUCUCAAGGAUCGUGACUGA